CCCACGCGGUGGGUUCCAGGAGCUACCUCCCUGUGGACGCGACCCCUAGAUCUCCCGCAGAAGUCUCUGGGCCCGGGGGGCCUGGCGGGACAUGGCCUUGGCCACUGUGGCAGCAGCAAGACUGGGCCUCGGCCGGGCCCCUCCGCUCCUCCUCCGUCGCGGCUACCAGACAGAGAGGGGUGUCUACGGCUACCCGCCGAGGAAGCCCGAGAGCCGGGAGCCCCAGGGCGGCCUGGCGCGCCCCCCAGGUCAAGUGGACCAUGCCCUUGCCAGGUUGGUGACGGUGUAUUGUGAGCAUGGCCAUAAAGCUGCCAAAAUCAACCCACUCUUCACUGGCCAAGCCCUGCAGGAGAACGUGCCUGAAAUCCAAGCCCUUGUGCAGACCCUGCAGGGACCCUUUAAUACUGCAGGAUUACUGAACAUGGGGAAGGAGGAGGCUUCUCUCGAGGAAGUGGUAGCCUAUCUCAACCAGAUCUACUGUGGGCAGAUUUCUAUUGAAACCUCCCAACUUCAGAGCCAGGAGGAGAAAGAAUGGUUUGCCAAGCGGUUUGAGGAACUGAAAAAGGAGGCAUUUACCACAGAAGAGCGAAAACAUCUGUCAAAACUAAUGCUAGAAUCUCAGGAGCUUGACCACUUUUUGGCCACCAAGUUUGCCACAGUGAAGCGAUACGGAGGCGAAGGAGCUGAAAGCAUGAUGGGCUUUUUCUACGAGCUGCUGAAAAUGGCGGCCUACAGCGGGGUAACUGAUGUCAUUAUUGGGAUGCCACAUAGAGGGAGGCUGAACUUAUUGACAGGCCUUCUGCAGUUCCCUCCAGAGCUGAUGUUCCGUAAAAUGCGAGGCUUAAGUGAAUUUCCGGAAAAUGUCUCAGCCGCUGGCGAUGUCCUGUCUCACCUGACGUCCUCGGUUGACCUGGACUUCGGCGCGCACCAUCCCCUCCACGUGACAAUGCUGCCCAACCCCUCACACCUGGAAGCCGUUAACCCCGUGGCUGUUGGGAAGACUCGCGGCAGACAGCAGUCCAGGCGGGAUGGGGACUACUCUCCAGACGGUUCGGCUCAGCCUGGGGACAAGGUCAUUUGCUUACAGGUUCACGGUGAUGCUUCUUUCUGUGGUCAAGGGAUUGUUCCUGAAACAUUUACGCUCUCUAAUAUCCCGCAUUUCAGAAUUGGUGGGAGUGUCCAUUUGAUUGUCAAUAACCAGCUGGGUUACACCACUCCUGCAGAAAGAGGAAGGUCUUCCUUAUACUGUAGUGACAUCGGGAAGCUCGUGGGCUGCGCCAUCAUCCACGUCAAUGGAGACAGCCCAGAGGAAGUGGUCCGGGCCACACGACUGGCGUUUGAAUACCAGCGCCAAUUCCGGAAGGAUGUGAUUGUUGACUUGUUGUGCUACAGGCAGUGGGGCCACAACGAACUGGACGAGCCCUUCUUCACCAACCCGGUCAUGUACCAGAUCAUCAGAGCCCGGAAGAGCAUCCCCGACACGUAUGCAGAGUACCUUGUGGCCAAUGGACUCAUGACCCAGGAGGAGGUGUCGGAAAUCAAAGCCUCCUACUACGCAAAGUUAAAUGGCCAUUUAACUAACAUGGCGCACUACAGCCCCCCUGCCACGAACCUGCAGGCCCACUGGCAGGGCCUGGUUCAGCCAGAAGCUUGCAUCACCACCUGGAACACAGGUGUGCCCCUUGACCUCCUGCGGUUUAUUGGCAAGAAGUCUGUGGAGGUGCCGGAGGAGCUCCAAAUGCACAGUCACCUUCUGAAGAUGCACGUGCAGUCCAGAGUGGAGAAAGUGAUGGAUGGAACAAAGUUAGACUGGGCCACGGCAGAAGCUCUUGCCCUAGGCUCAUUACUUGCUGAAGGUUUUAAUGUCCGUCUGAGUGGCCAAGAUGUUGGCCGUGGAACUUUUAGCCAGAGGCACGCAAUGAUUGUUUGCCAGAAGACCGAUGACACCUAUAUCCCCCUGAACCAUAUGGACCCUAAUCAAAAGGGGUUUCUAGAGGUCAGCAACAGCCCACUGUCGGAAGAGGCCGUCUUGGGAUUUGAGUAUGGGAUGAGCAUCGAAAGCCCUAACCUACUGCCCCUCUGGGAGGCUCAGUUUGGCGAUUUCUUCAAUGGUGCCCAGAUCAUCUUUGACACGUUCAUCUCUGGAGGUGAGGCCAAGUGGCUCCUCCAGAGCGGCAUCGUGGUCCUCCUUCCUCACGGGUAUGACGGGGCUGGACCAGAGCACUCGUCUUGUCGAAUAGAGCGUUUCUUGCAGAUGUGUGACAGCGUGGAGGAGGGCGUGGACGGGGACACCGUGAACAUGUGCGUGGCUCACCCCUCCACGCCCGCCCAGUACUUUCACCUGCUACGGAGACAGAUGAUCCGGAACUUCAGGAAGCCCCUCAUCCUUGCUUCUCCGAAGAUGUUGCUCAGACUCCCUGCAGCUGUGUCAACUCUUCAAGAAAUGGCACCAGGAACAGCAUUCAAACCAGUCAUUGGUGAUUCAUCUGUGGAUCCAAAAAAGGUUAAGAGUUUAGUGUUCUGCUGUGGCAAACAUUUCUAUGCCCUGAUGAAGCAAAGAGAAUCUUUGGAGGCUAGGAAGCAUGACUUUGCUAUCAUCCGAAUGGAAGAACUCUGCCCUUUCCCACUGGAUUCGCUGCAGGAAGAGAUGAGCAAAUACAAACAUGUUAGAGAUUUUAUAUGGAGUCAGGAGGAGCCUCAGAACAUGGGUCCUUGGUUUUUUGUUUCUCCAAGGUUUGAAAAGCAACUGGCCUGCAAGCUCCGUCUGGUGAGCCGACCCGCGUUGCCAGUACCUGCUGUAGGAAUCGGCAGCGUUCAUCUACAGCAGCAUGAAGAAGUCCUCGCCAAGACCUUCACCCAAUGAUGCCCUUCGAAGAAACACUACUUACUCGUAAGAAAACUGCCAUAAAAAGAAAGGCUCACCUCCUCCUUCCAUUAGGUGCCACAAAAAGAAUGUAUUCCUCGAAGAUGUUGGGAUUGAUGAGAACAGAGGAGAGGUUAAUCUAGAAGAAUACAUGGAACAGCCAAAGGAAUUGUUCAUCAAGAUGUGAAUCCCACAAGUCACUUUCAUCCUUAAAAGUACCAUAGUGUUAUAUUUUGUUAGACCUGCGUGUGUCGUAGAGCUAGGUCCUUAUCCAGAUGUUUCCAGACUUGACUCUUUCUAAUUAACUGGGUAUACCCAGGAAAAGUUCUUGAGUCUGAACUUAUAGUUGCAUAGGGAUUACCUCAACAUUACCUCCCUAUUUUCUUGAUGCAUGUGACUUUCAUGAAUUUUCCCUUUUUUAUUCAAAGUCCCUGACUACCUGUAUUUUCAGUUUAUGUCAUCUCUGGUACUGCUUUCCAGCCACUGUGAAAAAUGUUUCACCAAAUCAUUUUCACCUGUAAAUAGUUCUAAUUUAGGAAACUCUACAGCUAAAACCAACUAACAGUUACCUAAGAACAGGACAGAUUCCAGAAUAUGUCUCACCUUAUCAUGCCUGGGAUUUAGUUUUCAGUUGUGACAUAGAUCUCCCUGCAAUCUAUUUUAUGUAACACAUUAUGUAACACUAUAGCAAAACUGUAUUAUUCCUGAUUUGUGUUCUUCAAGAUCACUAUUUUACCCAUUAUCCUUAAAAAUAGGUCUUAUUAAAUAUAAACCUCCGGGUGUAUGAUCCUUUAGCACAGUAUUAUUAAGCUGAGUUAUAGUUAUGAUGAAAUUGAUUUGUGGCCUACUUUGCCAUAGUAUCUUUUUUUUUUUCCUUAAAUUGUUCUUGACGCGAUACCUUAAUAUUUUUAAUUAACUCUGGGUGUCUGAUAUGGGGAUUUCAGCCCCUGGUUGAUCAUCAGCCUUGCCUCUAAAAGUCCCUGCUGUCAUAUGAUGUUAAUUUGUGAUACUUAAGGGUCACUUUAACUUUGAUAGCAGGAACUUCCCAACAUCAGGCACUUUCUGGAUUUCUAGAGGUCACCAACCCACUCCCUUAUUCUGAAAUUAAGCUUAUAACUGGAAGUAUAACUAAAUACCAGCAAACUGUGUACAUUUACAUGGCUUGGUGCCACAGAGCACUACCAUGUACCAUGCUUGUGCUGGGACACUGUUUUUCUCAAAUGGGGGAAGUACCGGGGCCCUGUAACACCCUCUCCACUUUUACUGGCAACUUUUAAUGUCUUUCAGAAUCAAUGUAUAGGUUGUUCUGGCCACGGCAGUAGAUUCGUGAUUCACAUCUUAAACGUGUACAUUAGUGUACUGAUUUACCGUUUCUGUAACAUUCACAUCCCUUUUAUUCCUAUACACGUGAAUGCUUUCUUCCUUCGCCAAGCCUUAUAAAUCUUGUAACUUAGUGCCACGCAUGUCAACCAGUAAAAUUACAAAGGUCUGUUUAAUGAGAAUGGUUAUCAAUGUUGUAUAUUGAACUAGAAAAAAAAUAAAAGCA